GAAGGGAAGCUAUGACAAUGCGAGCAUACUUUCCACCAGGGCUGGAAAGCAGGGUGGCGGCGGUUCAUUCGCCCACGGGCCCCCGAGUCUGCCACAUUCCCCUUCUCUAUACACAGCCUGCCCCCGUUCCAGCAGCCCUGAAAGCAGCCCAAGGGACAUUCACUGUGCAGCUGUCCGAUCAUCAGUGACACAGCCAGCAGCCCGCCGCCCCGCUGCCAGAAUGAGCGCCAACGGCGUGGGCGUGACCAGGGAGGUGGUGCGCGAGAGCCGCACCGCCCCUGACACCCACCAGGUCGGCCUGCAGGGCGGUCCAAGGGGCGGCGCGGGUUGUGCUGCCGGCGCGGGUUGUGCUUCCGGCCGGCUCCUGCCUUAGAAGCUGCCGGGCUGGCAGCAGGCAGGCAUUGUGGGCUGCCAGGCCGAGGGCAUGGGGCGUGAGUGCACCAGGAUGGCACGCAGCAGGCUCCCUCUGCCAUACCUCGUGCAAAGGCAUCAUCCCACAACAGACAGCCCCAUUUGUCAACCCACUCCAUAACCUGGCUGGGUGCGCGUGUGCCGCUGCCGCAGGUGACCAAGAGCCAGAAGAGCCCCGUGGCGGAGCACGUGCGGGAGCCUGUGCUGGGCCAGGAGGCUCCCUCCACCCCCUCCUCGGCCUACGCCAACCGCACAACAGGGCUGGGCGCAGCCACAGGCGAGCCGCUGGGUGGGCGCGGCGCCGGGGGCGGCGCACCAGCGCUGGGCAUGCAAGCUGGGCCUGUGUCUCCCACGUAGCAACGGUCGUCCCAGCCCGGCCAAGCAUUGGACGCCGGCCAGCUGCACGAGACACAGGCAUGCUUGCAUGGCCGGCGCAGCUCCCGCUCGCAGGGAGCCUGCACUGGCAGCGCAGCGUCCCUGCCAACUCCACAUGGUGUACCUUGCCCCUGCAGCCGACCGAGUGGCGGGCAUGCAGGACAUCGCCCGCCAGACCCUGUACGCCGGCCAGGAGCAGGCCCGCGGCGCGGCAGAGUCGGCCCAGGGAGCGGCCCGCGAGCUGACUGACACCGACGCCGAGCGGUUUGAGGAGACGCGUGCCCGCGCAGGCGAGGUGGCUGGCGCCGCUCGCGACACUGCGGUCUCCACAGCCGGCGCCGCGGGCGAGGGCGCCAUGAGGGCGGGCGAGGGCGCCGCCUACACCACCGGCGCCGCCGUGGGUGCCACGCAGGCCGCGGCGGGCGGCGUCAAGGAGGUUGGAAGCCGCGCGCUCAACGCCGCCGAGCAGGCCGCCAAGGGGGCCUACUAUGGAGCUAAGGAGGAGGAGAUGGUGUGUGUGCCCGUCUCCGCUGUCAAGUCUGAGGCCCUUUCCACCGGCGCCCCCGCAGGCGCCCCCUUUGCUGACAUCACGGGCAGGGCCGCAGAGGCGGGCCGUGGCGUCACCGCCGCCGCCCAGGAGAAGGCCACCCACGCUCUACAGGCCGCCAAGCAGGUGGUGGGCGUGCCUGCCGAGAAGCCCGUGGGCGUCGCUGCCGAGGAAGCGGCAUACCAGGCCGCCGGCGCCAUCAGCGGUGUCGCACAGGGCGUGACCGAGCGCGCCCUGCCCGCUGCGGGCGAGGCGGUGGGCGCCGCCGCUGGCACAGCCUUUGGCACCCUUAGCGGCGUGGCAGAGAAGGCGCUGGAGGCUGGUGCCAUGGCUGCCAGGCUGGCGGCCAACGCCACGCUGGCGAUCGCCGCCGUGCCCAUCCACCUGGGCGCCGGCGCGCUGCAGACCAUUGUGGAUAUGGCCUACACCACCACCACCUCGGGGGUGGCCCUGGCGCUCCUGGCUGAGCGCGCCACGCUCACGACCGCGGGCGCCGCCAGCGGCCUGGCCGAGGGCGUGCGGCUGCUGAGCGAGGAUGUGCAGCGCAAUGCGCGCCACAACAUGCAGGAAACAAUCGAGGGCGUGACCGGCACCGAGGCUUUCCGCCGCGGGAAGGAGGCGGGGGCUCAGCGUGCCGAGGACAUUGGCACUGCGGGCGCCAACCUGGCGGCCACCGCAGGCGAGCGCGUGGCUGGCGCCGCCCAGCGCGCCCCCGCCCUGCCCGGCGCUGCCGCCGAGACGCUGCAGGCCGCCGCCGCUCGCGGCGGGCGCACCGCUGGCCUGGGCGCUGGCAUGGUGGGGCAGUCCUACAGUACCGCCGCCGACACGGCUUCCCAGCUGUACGGGACCGCUGCCGACACCGCCCAGCAGGCCGUGGGAGGCGCCGAGGAGACGGCUCGCGCUGGCGCAGAACGCGCGGGCGGCGCGGCGGCUGGCCUGCAGCAGGCGGCCCGCGAGAAGGCGGCCCCACUGAUUGGCACCGCUCAGGCUGCAACUGAGCGCCUGAUGGGUACCGCUGCUGCCGCCACCACCACCGUCAAGGAGGCUGUGCAGCGCGUGCUGGCACCCGCGCAGCAGGCCUACGCCUCCCGCUUCGAGGAGUCCAAGGCCGGCACCGAGCAGGCCAUUGAGGGCAUGACUGAGCGCGCCGAGUACCUGGCUGGCUCCGCCGUGGGAGCCGCCGGGAAGGCGCCCGGGGCCGCGGCCGCCACCGCCGCCGGCGCGCAGACGGGCGUGCUGCACGCCGUGCAGGCGGCUGGCGAGGCGGCCGCCGAGACUGCGGAGGCGACCAUGGAGACUGCCCAGGCCGCCCUGGGCAGCGCCACCGAGGGCUACGAGCAGGGCAAGCGCGAGGCCGGCCCCCAGCUGGAGGCCGCCAAGCAGGCGGCUCGCGAGACGGCGGCGGCCGCCGCCGAAACCAUCGGCGGCGCCGUGGGCGCUGCCAAGGACACCGCCGCUUCGGCGGUGGAGGGCGCCGCGGGCGCCGCCGGUGCCGCCGGCGCUGCGGUCCAGGAGGCCGCCGGCGCCGCUCAGCAGGCAGGCGGGGAGGCCAUCCAGAUGGGCACCAGGCGCCUGGUCGGUGACCCAACUGAAUGCCGGCUGGACGCCGCUGCCGUGUGGUGCUACCUUCAGCCAGCGGCCCUGAAGCAGGCCGACCGCGGUCACAUCUUGAAGAAUGGAGUCCUCCCCCCAGCGCCGCGCCGGUACCAGGACUGGUGCCAGCGCCGCGAGGCUUAUGAGCAGGGCAAGCAGGAGGGUGCUGCUGCCACCGAGGCUGGCAAGGAGAAGCUGUUUGGUGCCGCCGGCGCGGCCUCGGAUACCGCGGCUAGCGUGGCUGCUGCCGCCAAGGAGAAGGCCGCCACCACCACCACCACCCCCGCGCCGCGCGCCACCGCUGCUCACGCACGCGCAGCUGCGCCAAUCAUGCCGGUGCCCCCAGCGCUGGUUGAUCAGAGCGCCCCUGGCUCUGCCCUGGGCUCUUCUGCCGCCUACCCUGAGGCAGUCGCCAGCGCAGGCCCCGGCGCGUUUGACACCAACGCUACCCCCGAGACCGCAGGCUCCAACAUCCAGCGGGCCGCCGGCCGCCCUUCGGGCGCUGCCGCCACCCGCGCCACCGCCCGCGACACAGCUGUGCCUGUGGUGCGCACCACCACCACCACCACUUCUGUGCCUGUGGUGCCCGCAGAAGAGGUGCCCGGCGCCACCAUCGGCGGCGGCAGCGUGCUGGCAGCUGCCAAGAAGAUCAGCAAGCGCAAGUGAGCUGGCUGCCUGCUCGCUGGCAGGUGGAGGGAGACAGCUGGCGCUCAACACAAAGGGCACUCUGAUGCCAUACCCUGCUAGCGCCCCUGGUGCAUCCGCCAAUGGAUCCGUGACCUAGCGGUCAGCGAGGCAUAUAGCGAUACUGUCGGUGUUUUUUUGCAUUGUUUUGGUUAGCUGAGUGCAUGUUUUGUUUGGAGUCCAGGACUCAAGCUUGAUGCUUUCGUGCAUUUGAAUCCGGCGAAUGUGCAGCACAACACAAUCCCAGCCAGCUUUGUAACAGAUAGCGUGAA